ACCUCGGCCGGGGCCAAAUCGUGAGAGCCGCAUCACUAUUGGCUGAGAGCCGCCAUCCCUUUGAGACUGGAGACCCCAUUGGCUGGGGCUCGGCGAGACACUCACGCGCACGAUAUCUACCCUCUUUUGUUAUUGUACGGAACGCGAGGAGAGGCUUGGAGGGAGCUAGCAGGAUGCACGAGCAGAGACAGAGAGGCUGAUAGUCUGAAAUCGACAGGGAUAGAAAUUGAUAGCCCAGGAGGGGAGGAAAGGAAUUCGGAAUACUAGCUACCUCAGUGCAACACAUUCACCACUACUUCUCUUCUAAUCCCGCAAUACUCUGGUUGAUGUCAUCAUGUCGGUGAACGCCCCCAGCAGCAAUGACGCCUGCCUGAGCAUCGUGCACAGCCUCAUGUGCCACCGGCAGGGCGGCGAGAAUGAGGGCUUCGCCAAGCGCGCCAUCGAGAGCCUGGUGAAGAAGCUGAAGGAGAAGAAGGACGAGCUGGACUCACUCAUCACCGCCAUCACCACCAAUGGAGUGCACCCCAGCAAGUGUGUCACCAUCCAGAGGACCCUAGACGGACGCCUGCAAGUUGCAGGGAGGAAAGGCUUCCCCCAUGUGAUCUACGCUCGACUAUGGCGCUGGCCAGACCUGCACAAGAAUGAGCUAAAGCACGUCAAGUUCUGUCAAUACGCUUUCGACCUCAAAUAUGACAAUGUGUGUGUCAACCCCUACCACUACGAGAGAGUGGUUUCUCCCGGCAUUGUUGGUCUCAGUCUUCAAAAUACAGCCCUCUCCCUCUCUCCUCUAGGCCCCCCUGGGAGGUUGAUCAAAGAGGAGUACAUUCAUGACUGUAUCCAGAUGGAAAUGCCACCAGGCAUGUCCCCGUCGGACCACCCCCACUCUCACCCCCACCCAGGGGCGCUCAAGCUACCGCCUCCGGACCACUACGGCCAGCCCCUCCCGCCUCUGCAGCUCCCACCGGAACCGCAGCGCGCCCCUCCGCCCAUCACCCUCUACCCCAACAUGCCCCUCUCGCCCACAGUGUCCGGCUCUAUGCUGCCUCUCCAGGGAGGUCACAGUGAGGGGCUCCUACAGAUCGCCUCUCCUCAGGGUCAGGUCAUGACCCCCAUGACCCCCACGCCGCCCCCCUCCACCCCAACACACGGCCCGCCACAUGGGCCACCACAGACCCCCCAGCCACCCCAGCCGCCGCCUGGUCAGAAUGGAUACAACAGCUCCAAACACACACAGACACAGGCUGCGUUCCACACAACUUGGACAGGCAGCAGCACAGCCUCAUACACUCCUGUAGGACCCCAACAACAGAAUGGGUGUGGCCACCAACAGCCUCCUCUCCACCAUCCAACCCACUUCUGUAAGUUAGGCAGUUACAGGUCUCAGCAUCAUGGCUCGGCCUCAUUUCCUCCCCCUGUGUCCAAUCAUCCAGGACCAGAGUUCUGGUGCUCCAUCUCCUACUUUGAGAUGGAUGUCCAGGUGGGGGAGAUGUUCAAAGUGCCGGCCAGCUGCCCAGUGGUGACUGUGGAUGGCUACGUGGACCCCUCAGGGGGCGACCGCUUCUGUCUGGGCCAGCUCAGCAACGUCCACCGCACCGACUCCAGCGAGAGAGCCAGGUUGCACAUAGGUAAAGGAGUGCAGCUGGAGUGUCGUGGCGAGGGAGACGUGUGGAUGCGCUGUAUGAGCGACCACGCCGUGUUCGUGCAGAGCUACUACCUAGACCGAGAGGCAGGCAGAGCGCCAGGCGACGCAGUACACAAGAUCUACCCCGGCGCCUACAUCAAGGUGUUUGACCUGAGACAGUGUCACAGGCAGAUGCAGCAGCAGGCAGCUACAGCGCAGGCAGCAGCAGCAGCUCAGGCUGCCGCCGUGGCAGGCAACAUCCCCGGGCCAGGCAGUGUUGGAGGCAUUGCCCCUGCAGUCAGUCUUUCUGCAGCAGCAGGGAUAGGUGUGGAUGACCUCCGGAGGCUGUGUAUCCUGCGGCUGAGCUUUGUGAAGGGCUGGGGGCCCGACUACCCCCGGCAGAGCAUCAAACAUACCCCGUGUUGGGUGGAGGUCCACCUGCACCGGGCCCUGCAGCUGCUGGACGAGGUACUACACACCAUGCCCUUGGCCGACCCAGGACCCGCUAACUGAGUGAAAGGAAAGAGGACCAGUUGAAAAUCCAUACUGGGUUAAAAACGUACAAUCAUACACACACUGAUUCCCCCUCUUGAUGAUACAUAUAGACUGAUACAUGCUGAUAGAACCACAUACAGGCACAUGCAUGUUUUCUUUCUAUUUAACGCUCACAAUCUAGAGCCACUCAAAGCCUCACAAAGGCUAACCUCAAUCUCUCCGUCACACACAGACACACACUCAAGCAGCCAACAAUCACUGCACACUUCUUAACCACUUGUACUGUCUCCCACACGGCAAUGCAACCACUAACCAAACCACAUGUCUGUGGGCAUGCAGACAUAAAACUACUGAUGUCCUUAGCAUACUUUCCAUGUUUUGUGAACAUUAAUUGUUUUUGCGCAGCUCCCACAUGCUAAACAAACGCUACAAAGCAGCCUGGACCCCUGAAUUACCGUUCAUGGAGGUUAUUAUAGUAUAAUCAGGUAACUUUAGUAAAUAUGUCUACUGAGUAAUUAAUGUUUAUUGGUCUUCUGUUCUCUACAGAAAUAGAUAUGCACUGUAGAAAUCUAGGGAUGUGUUUCAGAGAUUCAGUGUCCUAACAUGAUACAAGCACUUUGGUACUCAUCAAAUGCACACACAAUCCACACUUGCUUAUUCCCUGCUUACACACACACACACACACACACACACAGGUCAGAAAUCCAGAGAUGACCCAAACCCAG